AUGUCGGCGCCGAACCCAACCCUCAGGAGACAAGUCAUAGCCAUCUACAAAGAACUCCUGCACCUCGGCAAGGAGUACCCUCUGGGCUUCGACUACUUCCGCCCACGGCUGCACAAGGCCUUCAUGGCAAAUGCCCAGGUGCGCGACGACGAGGAGAUUCGCAAAGGCAUCGCCAGGGCUGAUUUCGUCCGCAAAGGUAUUUGGCAUCUCUCGUGCCCCGCUGUGACGGGGUGCUUCCUGUCUAUCCGACACCGCAAGGCUGAGAUUGGCUUUGGCAUUUCUUCAUCGCUUGAGCAACAUGACUGA